UUCCACCGCGAGAUGGUUAUAGCGUCGCCUGUCACAUUUUUGACCAAAUAAAAAAAAACUCAAAAUAUCAUUGUUAUUCUUGGAUAAUUCAUUUGUUCAGAGUAUUAUUAGCGUACUUAGAGCCCAAGUUAAUAAAAAAAUACGGAUACCAAAGGUUCCAAUAAAAAUUUCGUAUACUUAACCUGGGUGACGUACAGAAUGUCAAACGCCACCAGUAGUGUUCAAAAUGGUCGGUGGAUCAUAUGAGAUAAGGAGUUUUAUAAGUAUUUAAUAAUUAAUACAGAUAAAAUGACUGCGAUCGUGCAAGAGGACAACGAGUUAAAGAGGUUACUCGGUAACCCAGCGAAAAAUGCCGUCGAGGAUAAUUCGAUGGCUCCGCCGCAAUCAACGAAUGUCCCACGGCCGAGCACGUCACAAAAUGUCAUUCCACAAUCGACGAUUAAUCCUAUGACUCCAGCUAAUAGUACAAAAGAGGUUAUAGAACCUUGUUUACAGAAUGUAGUAUCUACUGUCAAUUUAGGUAUGGAAUUAGCACUUAUGUAUAUUAAUACUAGAACAAGGAACUCUGAAUACAAUCCAGCAAGAUUUACCGGGUUAAUUAUGAGAAUUCGAAACCCUAGAGCUACCGCAUUGAUCUUUCAUUCUGGAAAGGUAGUAUGCACUGGGGCAAGGUGUGAAGAAGAUUCUUAUUUAGCCACAAGGAAAUUUGCUCGAAUUAUUCAGAAAUUAGGAUUUCCAGUUAAAUUUUAUAAUUUUAAAAUACAAAAUAUAGUCGCCACGUGUGAUUUAAAGUUUCCAAUUAAACUGGAAAACUUAAAUCAUAUACAUGGACAAUUUUCUAGUUACGAACCUGAGCUUUAUCCUGGCCUUAUAUAUAGAAUGGUAUCACCAAGAGUAGUUCUACUCAUAUUUGUAAAUGGAAAAAUUGUAUUGACAGGGGCCAAGAAUCGGACUGAACUGCAAGAUGCACUGACCAAUAUAUACCCUAUAUUGAAGAGUUUUAGGAAGCAGUAGCAGUAUUUUUUGUAUUUAAUGAAUUUUGUAAGAAGAAACUCAGUUGUAAAAAUAAAUUAAUUUGAAUAUGUA